AUGAAGAUAAUUUUAAGAGAAGACACGUAUGAUUUUCGAUAUCCGAUCGUCUUACCCGCGGAAAAUGAAUUAGUUAAAUCGAUUAUAGGAGAGAAACAUAUCGAGUUGAAACACACGGGAGUAGAAAUUUUAAUGAGCAAUCUUAGGGAGAAAUAUUGGAUUUUAGGCGGUAGGAAAAUUAUUAGAACCGUAAUGAGCAAAUGCGGCGUUUGCCGCCGAUAUGAUAGCAAAUCUUUUACGACCGAGCCCGCGUCCUUACCGAUUAACAGUGCUCGAGAGGCGUCAGUUUUUGAGGUAGUAGACGUAGAUUUUGCUGCACCUAUCGUUCUGAAGGGAGGGCAAAAGUCUUGGAUUUGCAUAUUUACUUGCGCGGUAUUUAGAGCCGUAAGUUUUGAAUUAGUGACUUCAUUAUCGACCGCAGCGUUUUUUAUGGCUCUUCGACGACAUAUUGAGCGACGGGGAAAGCCAAGUAUAAUUUAUGGUGAUAACGGGAAAAAUUUUACUGUAUUAAACAAUUUGCUUAAAAAUAUUAAGUUCGAGAAGGUAGCCAGCGCGAUAGCAAAUCAUCAAAUAAAAUGGAUUUACAACCUCCCGAGAGCGGCGUGGUGGGGUGGCUUUUGCGAACGCUUGAUCGGCGUUCUAAAACGUUUAUUACGUAGAACUCUGAAAAAAUCGUGCCUAGAUUAUGAGGAGAUGGCCACCGUGUUAAUUGACUGUGAAGCAGUUAUAAACUCGAAGCUAUUAACCUUCAUGUCUGAUACUGCGCAACAGAUCAAAGAAAUAGGUGUUUUAGAUUUACACAUGAUUGAAUCGAACAAGUUUAAAAAUCGAUAUGUAUAUCAACAAAAGAUCAAAGACGCGUUGAGGCGUCGUUUUAGAAAUGAAUAUUUAGGUACACUAGUGCAUAACAACAAGAAUCGCGAGCGACAUUUUAAAGUAAAUAUUGAUGAUGUUGUAUUUGUACAAAAUGAGAACACGAAGCGACUAGAUUGGCCUUUGGCGCGUGUCACUGAGCUGAUCAGAGGCAAGGAUGGCAAUGUGCGAGUCGUACGUCUACGAACCGCCAACGGUGAGUUGAUCAGGCCGAUCCAACGUAUCUAUCCACUAGAGUGUAAUUUCGGUUUGCAAAAUGAUCAAGAGUUUAGAGUAAAUGAAUAUAAAGCGAGCGAAUCAAAGAAUACAAAUCAUGUAUGUGUGUGUGUGUGUUAA